AAUGAAAAGACAAAGAUCUUCCGAGAGAAAGAGCCAGAGUGUGUCUAAGAGGCGCCGUAUAGAUGUCUCUUCAGAUGACAGUCGUCAGUGGUACGAGGUGAUGCUUGCUCUGGCAGCCAAAUCAGCUUAUGAGUUGACCCAUGCCAUCAACAAGUCUGAGGAGCGUAGGGAGUUACCCACCAUACCUCAACCUACGCACCAGAUGGAGUGGUUGGCUAGAGUGAAUUUUGAACACAGACCCAUGCGCCGCAAAGUCUCCAAGAAACAAGACUUGAAUUCCUCUUUUUACGUCUACUAA